AAAAGAAAGUCUAAAGCCCAUUCGCGAGAAGAAGUGAUCCCAAUUUCUUCUCCUCCAUUCGAUAAUCUUCAAGCUUUUGGCCGCAGUUAAACUGAUUUGGCCUCCGGACAAAUGGCCGCGAAGUCGCACAUAAUUACAGGAUUGACCUUGCCGUUAACUCCUGCUUCUUCUUCUUCAAGCUCUAGCACCAGUCUCUGCACACUGAAGAAGCCUCUCACCACUUCCUUCUUCAAUGGCGGAGUGAGAGCUUUAAAAGUUAAAGGGAUAAAGAUUUCCACUCUCAGCCGAUCCCAAUGUUAUAAACAAGGUAGCGGUGCUCUUGGUGUUCGCAUGAACCUUUUUGAUCGAUUUGCUAGAGUUGUUAAGUCAUAUGCAAAUGCACUUGUGAGUUCCUUCGAGGAUCCAGAGAAAAUAUUAGAGCAAACAGUGCUUGAAAUGAAUGAUGACUUGACAAAGAUGCGUCAGGCCACAGCACAACAACAAGCUUCUGAAGAGUGGUACCGUAAGGCACAACUUGCUCUUGAGAAGGGUGAGGAAGAUCUUGCACGUGAGGCUCUAAAGAGGCGUAAAUCUUAUGCUGAUAAUGCUAAUUCUUUGAAAGCUCAGCUUGAUCAACAAAAAAAUGUUGUUGAAAAUCUCGUCUCUAAUACUAAGCUCUUGGAGAGCAAAAUACAAGAAGCAAAAGCAAAGAAAGAUACUCUGAAAGCACGUGCUCAGUCUGCAAAGACUGCAACCAAAGUGAGUGAGAUGUUGGGGAAUGUCAAUACUAGCAGUGCUCUUUCAGCAUUUGAAAAAAUGGAAGAAAAGGUGUUGGCAAUGGAGUCCCAGGCAGAAGCUCUUGGUCAGUUGACUACUGAUGACCUUGAAGGAAAGUUUGCACUACUUGAAACCUCAUCAGUAGAUGACGAUCUCGCACAGCUGAAGAGGGAGCUUUCUGGUAGUUCAAUGAAAGGGGAGCUUCCGCCUGGAAGAACGGUCACCGAAACCAGUACAGCAUCUCCAUUCCGGGACACAGAGAUUGAGAUCGAACUAAACGAACUGAGGCGAAAGGCGAGGGAUCUAUAAACCAUACCUGUAUUGCCAGUGCAGAAGACUGGAAUAUUUAUUUAUUCAAAGCUUGAAUGGGUUUUGCUCUACCAUCAAAUCUACCAUGUAAAGCUAGAAAGAUAACAUCUUUUAGCUGGGUCGAAUUCCGGUAAAAAGAAGGGUAAUUUUCUUUUCUCUUUUUUCUUUUUUCUGGCUUGCAUGAGUCAAGUUAUGAUUGUAAAUUGACUUGAAUCUGUAGCAGCAACUGUGGUGAUUAGAAUUUCAUGUCUAAGAUGCAUAAUUUCUUCUGCAUA